AUGAUGAAAGCGAAGAAAUCAGAAAGAUUAGUUUUUCCGAAAGAAAUCGUAUACAAUCCGAAAGUUAAAACCGGAAACUGGUUCGAGGAACAAUUCCAUUAUGAUAAGAACAAAUACGACCACAACAGCGAAUACUGCAGGGAAUUCCAAGAGAAACCGAUGAGCAGCGUUCCUCGAAACGAAAGAUGGGACAUUUUAUUCAAACAUGAGGGCUAUUUGAACGUGUGCCCACCAAAAUACGAUGACAACUCACCGAACUACUUCGAUAAUUUCGCUUCUUCUUACGCGCUAUCCUACAGCCAUUUUCCGAAGAUAGCGCCCGUCAUUAACGAGGCGGAUGUGCCGAAGGUGAGGAGACUGGGAAAAGCCCGGCCCGUGCUGGAAAUGAUAGACAGUUAUGGUAAUGUAAAUGAUUACGGUCUUAAAGAUAUAGUAAGGAGACAUGUGGCUUAUGAAGAAAAGGCCAGCAAGAGAUCGACCUCUUUGAGCACGACUGAAGUCGACUUUGUGAAACCUAUAGAGGAUGGUUAUGUAUUCUGCAGAAGGCCUAGGUUUAGAGCGAUAAAGAAGAAAACCGCGGAUGUCUAUCCGCCUCUGACGCCCAAUCAUCCCAGGUUUUCCGAUUAUGAUAUCAUCACGUGGAAACGUAUAGACAGGGAAAAAUUGGCGCAACCGCCUAAUGUCGAGCUAGAUUGCUGA